UUCUUCUCCAGGGUCUAUCAGUGGAGCAACAACCUCAAGCGGGAAUUAUCAUGCCGUCCCCUCUGAGCGAAGCAUUUGGCUGCACUUGCACCUGCCUCUUCCUGACGCUAGUCUGGCUGCAACUCAGCCUGAUCAAUGCGUUCCUGGAGUUCCUGCAGAUGGCUGUGCCGCUGCAUCUGGUGCGGCAACGCGACUUGGAGGAUGCAGAGCAGCACAUGGCUGCCGAGUGUACACUGGGAGCUAUAAGUAUACGAAUGAUUGCCUUUUGAACGGACUCACAGUGAAUGCUGCGAUAUACUUGUAUAUAUUUUAUUUAUAUUUGAAUAAUUCCCAUUUAAUAAUGAUCCUAAGGUCUGGGCAAAUAUUGAACGGAUAAUGAAGAGCAAACAUCUUAUGAACUUAAUAGUAGCAUAUAAAAUGUGAAUAUAA